AAGCUAUCUGGGCUGCGCAUUUCAAGGUUCGCAUGUCUAUUUCUUCUGUUGGAGCCUGAAACCUGAAACCACUCUGUUUUUGCGCCUUCUCAAAAAUCUCCGCCACUUUUCGUCUCCCAUUUCUGUCGGAGUUCUGCAGAGAGAAACCGAGAGAGGGAGAGCUACAGUGUAUCGUUGAUGUUCAUGGCGUUACAAGCAGCAAUUUCGAGGAAGGCGAUAGACCGGAGCCUGAGAUGCUUCUGCGUCGGAGUUAGAUCCAUGUCGUCUUGGUGGAAGAGCGUGGAACCGGCUCCGAAAGAUCCGAUUCUAGGCGUUACUGAAGCUUUCUUGGCCGAUCCGAGUCCUAGCAAAGUCAAUGUCGGAGUAGGUGCAUAUCGAGAUGAUAACGGAAAGCCGGUGGUGCUCGAAUGUGUCAGGGAAGCUGAACGGAGGAUCGCAGGAAACCUGAAUAUGGAGUAUCUUCCAAUGGGAGGGAGUACAAAUAUGGUGGAAGAAACACUGAAGCUGGCUUAUGGAGAUAAUUCUGACUUCGUCAAAGAUAAGAGGAUAGCAGCUAUACAGUCUCUUUCUGGAACUGGAGCAUGUCGUAUUUUUGCUGACUUUCAAAAGCGUUUCCUUCCUGAUUCCCAAAUCUAUAUACCAGUCCCCACAUGGUCCAACCACCAUAACAUCUGGAGAGAUGCACAAGUUCCUCAAAGGACAUACCAUUACUAUCAUGCAGAGUCUAGGGGAUUAGACUUUGCAGCACUCAUGGAUGACAUAAAGAAUGCUCCCAAUGGUUCAUUCUUUCUACUUCACGCAUGUGCUCACAAUCCUACUGGAGUGGAUCCCACGGAGGAACAAUGGAGAGAGAUAUCGUACCAGUUUAAGGUUAAAGGUCAUUUUGCCUUCUUUGACAUGGCAUACCAAGGUUUUGCUAGCGGUGAUCCAGAAAAAGAUGCAAAGUCCAUCAGGAUCUUUCUCGAGGAUGGCCAUCAUAUUGGAAUUGCUCAGUCAUACGCUAAAAAUAUGGGACUCUAUGGCCAGAGAGUAGGAUGUCUAAGUGUGCUCUGCGAAGACGAAAAACAAGCAGUGGCUGUGAAAAGUCAGCUGCAGCAGCUUGCCCGACCCAUGUACAGUAAUCCACCUGUUCAUGGAGCAUUGGUAGUUUCAAUCAUCCUUGGGGAUCCAGACUUGAAGAAGUUAUGGCUGAAGGAAGUUAAGGUAAUGGCAGAUCGAAUAAUCGGUAUGCGAACUGCUCUACGAGAAAACCUUGAAAAGUUGGGAUCACCAUUAUCAUGGGAACAUAUAACCAAACAGAUUGGCAUGUUCUGUUACAGUGGAUUGACACCCGAACAGGUCGACCGUUUGACAAAUGAAUAUCACAUUUACAUGACUCGAAAUGGCCGCAUAAGUAUGGCAGGUGUUACAAGCGGGAACGUAUCAUACCUGGCAAACUCCAUUCAUGAGGUGACAAAAUCUGCUUGAUUGCGACUCACAAAUUUUGUUCGUAACGACACUACAGGGGAGUCUCCGCCUUGGUGAAUAAUAAGGUACUACAAUCCUUCCAUCUUCCUUUUCUAACUGGGGAAGGGAGGGGGGCCACACAGAUUAAACAUUGAUUUUUGUCCUCGUAAAUCAUGUUAAUUUUGGAUUUCCAAGUUUUUGAGUAUGAUUAUGUCAGUUUGGAUUGUCAAAUUGGUCAGAAUAUACUUUAAUUUUCCAUUGCCGGCUAAAUAAUUAAAUAAUUGAUCCAUUUGCUUUUCUUAUA